AGCACAAAAUAUACCGAGGCAGAAUCUGAAACACCCCGAUGGCUCUAGUUCUAGCACUGCGCUAUCUCCUCGUACACUUGCACCCAACUUCCUCAACCCGCAAGAUUAUUGCUUCCUCUUCCUUCCCGAAGCUCUCAAUCCCGCUUUCCAAAAAGUUGUCUUCUUUCUUCUCUUCCUACUCUACUCCCUUCCCCUGCCUCCAUGCUUCUCAUAGAGAAAACACGUUUGUUUUGAAUAAAGAUGAGAGAUUGGUAGGAGAUGGAGUUGUGGGCUCUUAUGAGCAGCAGCAGCAGCAUUUUGGGAACUCAACCACCAUUGCAGCCAUUGUUACCUCCUUGGGUGGUCCUCCUGCCGCUGUCGGGAUUGUUAGGUUAUCAGGGCCGUCCUCUGUGGCUGUCGUUGGGCGUUUGUUUCGUCCAAUGUCCAAAAAGAAAGGGAGAACUUCAAUUUGGAGGCCUAAGAGCCAUUUCGUGGAGUAUGGUGAGGUCUUGGAUCUUCAAGGGAAUUUGAUUGACGAGGUUUUAGUGCUGCCAAUGCUGGCCCCAAAUUCAUACACUCGGGAAGAUGUGAUUGAACUCCAAUGUCAUGGAAGUGAAGUUUGUCUGCGCCGUGUAUUGAGGACUUGUGUAGAAGCUGGAGCAAAGCUUGCAGAACCUGGGGAGUUCACACUUCGAGCUUUUUUAAAUGGUCGCUUAGAUCUCUCUCAAGCAGAAAAUGUGGAAAAACUUAUCUCAGCAAAAUCGGUGGCAGCUGCAGACUCUGCACUGGCUGGAAUACAAGGAGGUUUCUCUGCGAUGGUCCGAACACUAAGAAUGAACUGCAUUGAGUUGCUUACGGAAAUUGAAGCUCGUCUAGAUUUUGAGGAUGAGAUGCCACCCCUAGACUUAAAAUCUAUUGCAAGCAAAAUACACAUGAUGUUGCAAGAUGUGGAGAAUGCAUUAGAAACUGCCAAUUAUGACAAACUUCUGCAAUCUGGGUUACAGAUAGCAAUUAUUGGUCGACCAAAUGUUGGAAAGUCUAGCCUUCUUAAUGCUUGGAGCAGAAGUGAGAGAGCUAUUGUUACAGGCAUUGCUGGUACAACACGUGAUGUUGUAGAAGCCAGUAUAUCAGUUCAUGGAAUUCCUGUAACGCUUCUUGAUACAGCAGGUAUCAGGGAAACUGAUGACAUAGUGGAGAAAAUUGGUGUGGAAUACAAAAUACUCGUAUGCAGUGGUGGAUGGGAUUCUAUGAAAGUUAAAGUACUUCGAGAGGAGAAGAGCUGGUCCCCUUAUUUAAUCCCACCGCUGAGAUGCUCAGUUAGUGGAAUACUUGUUUUUCAAACUAUCACAAAUCAGUUCCAGUUUAUUGUCACGUUUUUGCUUCUCUUGAGUAUGCAUCUGAAUGAUGAGUUGCAUGUCAAGAUUUGGAAUUUGGGUGCAUCAGGAUCUACCUCUCCAAUAAUCCUUGUUAUUAAUAAAAUUGAUUGUGCCCCAACUACCUCCUACAAAUGGGACACUACAGCUACCUUUUUCAAUAAACUUAUUUUUACAUGUGCUGUCACUGGACAAGGGAUUACUGAUCUGGAGGCUGCCAUUCUAGAGAUUGUUGGUCUUAACACAAUUCCUGCAGGAGGUUGCAGAUGGGCCGUGAACCAGAGACAAUGUGAGCAGCUUGUUCGGACGAGGGAUGCUCUUGUUAGAUUAAAGUCGUCAAUAGAGGAGGAAAUUCCGCUAGACUUUUGGACAAUCGAUUUGAGGGAAGCUGCUUUGGCCCUUGGGCAGAUAAGCGGUGAAGAUAUUUCCGAAGAAGUUUUGUCUAACAUAUUUGGAAAAUUCUGCAUUGGUAAAUAGUUACUUUAGUCAAAAGUUAAAACGACAGAUUUGUCUCUUCAAACGUUUGCAUUUCUUGAAGCUUUCGAUAUAAACUUUGCGAUGAUAAUUAAAAAAAAAACACUAGGUUACAUUUUUUA